AUGGAGCGUGUUGUCAAUCGAUUAGACCUGGACUCCAAGGAUGGCUCACCUCCCAGCUCGCCAGAUCCACCGAUGGAGGACUACCAGCAGCACUUUGACUUUGUGAUGCCUUCAAAUGGGGUCACGGGAACUGGUAAUGGUGGAGAGGACGAUGUUGAUGGAGAAGAUCUCGACUUUCGUUUAUUCUCAGCACCAAAGCAGGCGAAGAGCACAUCCGAACAGACCACUGCUCAGAGGAUUAGGUUGCGCUCUCCGUCUAUGGACAACAGUCACCCUGGCUUUCUAGGCUCGGGAAGGCGGCAGACAUACUAUCUCGCCACCGCGCCAUCACCUGUGGACCAGGAGAAGUUCCAUGCGGCUGCGAUGACUGGCCAACAGGUCCACGCCCUAUCUCGAUCUCAUUGCCCAGGAAGCGAGUACUCGUGGAAGGUUCUAAGCAUCCCCCGGUCGCACCAAGCCAAAGACGUCCAGUCUUUUGCACCUGAACUCUUCCAGAAACUGUUGCCUUCUGGAGUGUCGACCAAACGAACUCGACCCGGAAAGAAGUACCGCAUCCGACUUCGCACGAAGAAGGCUGCUGCUCUGGAGAAGACUAGUGCUGCAAAAGCUGCUGCCGAGGCCAAAGAGGUCGCGGAGCGGGAGAAGCGGACGCAGAGGAAUCGAGAGAAGAAGGUGAAGAAGAAGAUGCGGGAGAAGGCGAAGAAGCAUGCUGGAGCUGGAGAGGAGGCUGAGAAGGACAGUGACGCAAGCGAGGAGACUUGA